GGAGUAUAACUGCCCGGCGAUACGAUUUAUUUUUUUUAAAAAGUGAAAAAAAUAGUAUAGCGCGUGGCUGUACUAUUAAUCGAAAAAAAAUAGUAUAGCCGCGGUGCUAUACUAUUAAUUUGAAAAAAAAAUCAAGUAUUGCCACACGGCUAUACUAAUUAUUAAAAAAAAGAAAAGAAAUAAAACCCAAUAUAGCUGCACAGGCGCUCGCCUAGAACCCAGGCGGCUCUUUAAAUGGAUCAAUUGAGUGUCACAAAAAAAAAAAAAAAAAAAAACGAGUGCUUAACUUUAUAGUUUGAUUCGAGGGACAAAAUGCUAAUGAUGUAACGAUUGGUGACUUUAAUGGUGGUUUUUGCCAAUGUUUAAUAGACAUGAAUCAAAUUGUCAGAAGCCCCAAACUACAUGGUUGCAAAGUGUAAUUUUCCCUUAAACUUUUUAAAGGAGGAUUUAUACAAAGACUACAAUUGAGCAAAAUGCCAAGCAAAACAGAAGCUCAAUUGGGCAGCCAUACACAAGACAAAUAAAAGUGAGAGCCAAAACACAAAAAGAAAAAUAUUCCUUUGUUCCAAACAAAAGAAGCUGGUAGCCUCAGUGGGGCAACGAUAAUAACUAACCCCAACCUUGUUGAGCUUGUUGAUCUUGUUGAUGGCGGAACCACCUAUGGUGAAAUUGGAGCAAACCCAAAAACAGAUAAAAGAUUCAGAGAGAGCCCAAAAGCCCUCCUUUUGACUUCACUCAGACAGACUCAGAAGCAAAACCAUCUUCACCAUUCGUCGUCCCUCCAACAGCAAUGACGAGAGAGAGGCAGAUGAGUCUGCUGGCAGCCCGGCGCUCAAGAGAGGCUGUCGUUGUGGCUGUGGACGCCGACAGGACCAAAGGAACCAUGGAAGCUGUCGAGUGGGCUCUCAAGCAUGUCGUUCGUCCACGAGACAUCUUCCUUGUUUUGGGAGUUUUCAAUGAUCAACUGGCCAAGAAGAACUCUUGCUUUCCAUUUAAGCUGCUCAUGGACGUUGUCACAUCUGGUAUAUGGGAGAGAUUAGAAUUCAUUGACCAUGAGGAAGUGGAUCCUAUAGAGCUUGAAGAAGAAUUUGAGAGAAAAAGAGAACAAUACCGGAGUAGCCUCCAGCCUUUAUAUGGUCUGUGCAUAAGGAAUGAGGUGAGGUUGGUGCUUAAAGUUGCAGCAGGGUUUUGUCCAGCGAGAGUGGCAAUGGAUGAAUCACAAAACCUUAAUACCCGAUGGCUCGUAUUAGACAGUCACUUCAGGAAAUCUAAAGUUUUUCUAAAGGGACAUGUAUCAUGCAAUAUUGCAGUAGUAAAAGAAAAAGAUUUUGCUAGCUUGAUGCUAUCAAACGAGACAGAGCCUGAGAUUUCUCCAUGGAAUCCUGAACCAAAGCAUCCUGUGGAAGAGGACAGUGAAGGUUUCAGUAUUUAUCAAUUAACAAAGAAAUGUGCACCCGCACCACAUCCCCAGAGUCCUUGUUGCUAUCCCAUGUCUUGGAGAAGUGGCUUCCCUCGAGCAUUUUCACAUAACGAACUUGAAGCAAUAACAAAUGGCUUUGCUGAUGACAAUAUUUCAAGAGCACCGGAUGGCGUUGUAGUUUAUCAGGGAAUAUUGCAAGAAACAUCUGUUUUAGUCAAGUCUUACCCAGAAACCAACAAGGGCUUCAGGCCCAUACUUAAGAUCCUUUCUCGGGUGCACCACCGCAAUAUCAUGAAUCUUGUUGGGUACUGCAGCACAGGUGCUUCUACAUUCAUGAUUUUCGACUUCCCAUGUUUGGGUAAUGUUGAAAUGAACUUUCAAAGUGAUGAGUUGGCUCGGAAUCUGAGGUGGAGAGUGAGGUGGUCUAUUGCUCUAGAAAUAGGCGGCAGCUUGCGCUAUCUUCAUGAGGAGUGUGUUGACGGACCUAUUGUUCACAAAUCUCUUUGUUCUUGUAGCGUUGCUCUUUCUCAUGGUUACUCUGCAAUGCUUUACAACUUCACAACUGCUGAAUGGCUUACGAGUGAUUUCCCCCCUAAUGAAGAUCUGAUAGCCGAAAGCCCGAAUUUGGAGGGAGACGAGCGCCUUUCUGUGGAUGUACAUGAUUAUGGGAAAUUCCUACUGGAGCUUAUAGUAGGAAAGAGUGCAGGGAAGGACCAGUCCAUGAUUGAUUGGGCAUUGCCACUUCUGGAAAAUGGUGAGCUAUGUGAACUGAUGGACUCCAGAGUGACAGAAAUUGCUGGUGAUGCUAGGAUGGUUCAGCAUAUGGCUCAUGCUGCAUUGCGCUGCCUAAAAAUUGAUUCAGAUCAUAAACUUUCUAUAAGUGAGGCCUUAGCCAUUGUGCGAGGGGAUGAACUUGCGACAUUCAAGCAGUGAAGAUUUGAAUAAGUUGGGAGAUUUAGGAUUUUUAGAUUACUUGUUAUACAAUGCGUCUAGGAUUAUGAUGUAUGAUAACAAGGCUACUUAAACUUAUUCUAUCAAUUGUUGAGCUAGCAACUUGUAAUGAUCUUGUAAAUAAUGGAACUCAUCUUGAAUA